CCCCCCCCGGCUCUAGGCCCCGGGUCCUUCCUGGGGGGCAGGGAGGAUGAAGGUAGCAAGCUGGGGUAGCCCUGCAGGGCUGUGGGGUUGUUGCCUUGGAGGGCACUAGCUGGCACAGGGUGGUCUUAGGUAAUAGCAGGGAGCCUCUGGAUGCUUGGGCCUGUUUCUGCCUCCAGAUACUGUGGUGUUUAGCGUUAGAUCAAACCAAACAGACAAGUAUUGAUACCGUCAGAUAGUUCACCCCAAUGCACUCUUGCUCUGUAAAAUCUGAACAUCAGAGGUUGAAGUUUAUUCAGCACUAGACUUGUUUGAUAGGUACACAGCUCUUUGCAUCUUCUGGCAGUACUGGUUAAUGGUUGCUGGCCAGUUCCCCUGUGAAUCAGCUGGUUUUGCCUCUCUUCUGCCUGCCUGCUCUGCAGCCAGGUUGGGCCUUCUCUAGACUAAAUUUUGUCUCUUAAAAUGCCCCACUAUUGCUACCAGCGGUGGAGCUCCGCUGGUAGUAUUAACAGGGGGCUUAUUGAUGUAAAUUGUCUUCUGGUAGAUGCUGGUGCUUUAACCAUUUACUACUCUGGUUAAAAUGCUGGCAGAUGGUCUUUGCUAGCUCCUCCACCGUUGCAGAACUGCACUGGUGUUUGCAACAAUGGGCAAUUUUAAGAAAAAAAAAAGUAGAAACAAUCUUACAAUUUGAAAAGUUCAGUAAAUAGAGCAGGAUGAGAGUGAGUCAGACUGCUGCCAGCCAAGCAGCAUCUUCCCCGUCCCUCCCUGCUAAUGGUCCACUGAUUUUUGGGUGAGAGAGAGGUCUGUAGGGGGCAUUGGCUCAAAGUAGACAGAAAGCAAAAUAUGCUUUCAGGAGAGUCAAAGAGAUCUAGUGGAAGGUGCAAAAGUAGAAGAGUGAGAUCAAGGGGGAUGGGAAAAGGUAGAGGACGCCAGAGGAGGAGGAAAAGAGAGAGGGGAGGACCUAGGGUAGACCUGGAAACAGACAAAGAAGAAGAAAUAGUAAGAAAAUAACAGCUUUUAGGUUCAGUUAAUUUUAUCUUAUUUGUUCUUCCAUUUCAUUGUAUUUGUCCAGCAUGUGCCCCACAGCCACAUCAAAGGGAUAGUGUUGCACUGGGGAUUUGAAGGUGAACUGAUAAUUAACAAAUAAUUGUUAGUAAGUAGCAUAGGAUAACUCAGCACAGUUUCAAUUAGAAAGCACAGUGUUUUUGUUUCCCUCUGGCCAACUCCUUUUUGAAAGGAUACCCCAGCAGAUACUGUGCUCAACCCCAUAGGAGUCUGCAAGGGAGAUCCUGUUGCUUGUUUUUGUAAUUUUGAAAGUGAAUUUUUUACUUUAUACCCUCUUGCAUUUCCAGUGAUAAUAAAAAUUUUGGAAAUAGGUAUGGAGAGAUUUCUGUUAUUCCUGUAAGCUCCAUUGUGGUCCAGUUAUGACUUUGAGGUCUCUUUGGGAUGUCACCUAGAAUGGAAGGCAGUGAGACAAAGCGGGGCGGGGGAGAGGGCAGGUUUAAAUAACAAAUACAUGGCAUGCCAUUUUUGUUCUGUUUAACUGGGGUAUUCAGCAUGUAUUUUACUAUUAUAGUUGACCAUAUGUAUUAUUUUAAGUUACAUGCCUUAGACAUGCAUCAAAGUGGUUGCCCUGCUGCUCAUUUUCAUAGGGGAACUGAACAGCAAAAAUAAAAUUAACAAGAUCUUCCUGAGCUAGUACCUGGUGCUGAAAGUGGGGAGAGAGCGAAAAUGAUCUCCCCAUAUAAAGAGUUUAGAAUUAGUCUAGUUCCUCCCUGCCUUAUAUAAAAAGGGAAAAUAAUAAAGGGGUCGUCAGUUUCCCUGUGCAGACAGAUCCAGUGUAAGAAGGCUAGGUACAGAUGGAAACUAAAUAAUCCUAGUCAGGUUCACUAUGCAAGCUCUUUACACAUGAAGCCUGGGCAAAGGAAGAGAAAAGGGAUGAGGAAAAAGUGGCUAGUAGGAAAAAUUAUUGACUGUUUGCAGGCAGAAUUAGAAGAGGGGAAAAAAGCAGAAAAGAAGGAAAUAAAGGAAAGGAGAGAAAUCAGAGACAGAAAGAAAAGAUAGAAUGGUGAGUUAAGGAAAAAAUUAUCAUCAGAUCCAGUGAUGAUAAUGUGUCAGUAUCACCUCUCCACACUUGCAACUGGAAGUUUCAAAGUAACUUUUAAAAUUAUGGGGACUCAAAGAUGGAGAAGGAAAGAUGAUUUUUCUAGAAGUCAGAAGAAAAAUGGGCUACUCCUUCAAGUAUCCGAAGAAACUGUCACCCAGAAAGUCAUCGAGGUUCCAGGCAGCAAAAGUUACAGGGAUCCAUUAAGAGAAAACUGGAAGAUGACAGCUCCCCUGCUUCCAGUGGCAUGCCCGAUGUCAUUUUCCCAAGCGACAAUAAGAGACUUUGUCUUGAUGAUGUAACUCUAUCUAUGGGCCAAGAGACCAAUCCCAAUGUGUCAUGUCCAGAUAUGCAGAACUCUCCAUUCUCCACCAAUCACAGCACUUCUUCCAUGGGAGUAGCUGGUCAUUCAGCGCUACUUGAAAACAAUCACAUGAAUGGCAGUGGUAUUGGUUCUCCAUUUUCGGUACCACCCAACACAGAAAUAGGACAGAAAGGGACGAUAGGUGGACAGAAUAAUGUUGUUCAUUAUGAUGAGAAAGGAAACAAUAUGCAGUCUGUGGACCAGGAACUGCAAGAUCUGUUAGAAGAGCUGACAAAAAUGCCUGAUCCUUCUCCUAAUGAGCUGGAUCUUGAGAAGAUCUUGGGAAGCAAGGCUGAAGAGCCACUUGGUCUGAGCCACCCACAGUCAAGCAUAAGCACCACGCCAAAGUCCUCUCCGCAGACAUCUCACUUGGAGAACCACAUUGUGAACAAAGAUUUUUCUCCAGGUUGUAAUCCAACAAGUGGAGGAUCACCCCAAAUGAGGCCUCCAUCUGCUGGGGCUAACUAUACGGUUCCUCCUCCAAACAAAGCUGUUGCAUCACCCAUCUCUUCGGGAGCACAGAAUAAGAAUCAGGCACAAUCUAUUCUGCCAGUACCCUUGCCUAACAUGCCUACAUCUAACUGGCAUGCACAGCAACUAAAGCAGCUGGCAGCAAGCAAACAAGUGUCUACUACUAAUAAGCAAGUACAGGCUCCCAACUGGCCAACCAUGUCCACUCCAGGUCUUUCUCCGCCUUAUAGGCCGGGAUCAUCCCCCCUCCAUCAACCUUUCAGCCCUCAAAAUGUCAUGGUGUCUGGCAUGACUUCUAAUAGUUUACCAGGAAAUAAUAUUCAGAGUCCUCAAAACACUCUGCUUUCAAACAUGGCUUCCAGUAACAACCCGUCCAGCGGGCCCUCCCCACCAUAUGGGUCAGAGAAGCUUUCCAGUCCAGCGCUUAACCAGCAGCCUUUCAGCCCCCAGAACUCCAUGCUAUCCAAUAUGACUUCAGCCAGCCUCCCAACCAAUAAUAUUAAAAGUCCGCAGAACAAUUUGGUUCCCAGCAUGGCCUCCACGAAUACUGGACCGUCCCCACCUUACAGGCCAGAAAAACUGUCAAGCCCAGCUCUGCACCAGCAGCCGUUUAGUCCUCAAAAUACAUUAAUUCCUAACAUCACUCCCACCAGCAAUCCCACCAGUAUGCAAAGCUCUCUUUUUAAAUUGAUGACUACAAACCCGUCCAAAAAUAUGAACAUAAUUAUGCAACCGCCAUCUAAUGGCUUGCAGAAUGAGAAUCCUGUUACCCAAGACCAGUUUUCUUUUAAUAACACCAAACCACUGUCUCAUUUUGCAUCGGAGUCAACUACUCCAAAGAUGUCACCCAUGACUGCCAAUCCAGGGCAGCAAUCCCUCAUUCACUAUCUCCAGCAACAGCAGCAAGCACCAGCCACACAACAGUCUCCACAGGCUAAUAAUACCCCGUUUAUCGAGCAACAUCUUCGACAACUGAUGCAACCACCUCGGAUGCAGAGACACAUGCAGCCUGCUGCUUUGCCAUCUCAACCCAGACAGGAUCAAAAUCCUGGAAUUGUUACCAGACUUCAGGAGCCAGGCACCAUCCCAAGCGGAGGCUCGGUGCCUACGCCAGCUACGGUGAACGGAUAUACGAUGAGGAACCAUUUGCUGAAGCAGCAAAUCAUGAGACGGCAGCUAUUGCAGGAGAAGCAGAAACAAAACAUGCUGGGAGUAGCGUCUGAGCAGAGGAGUUCAUUUGUGCCCCAGCAGAUGAAUCAGUUUCAGGCAGUACCACAACCUAUUCCUACCGACUGCGGUCAGUCCAUGCCAGCUCCUCCACUGAAUCACCGCAUGAUGCCAUCCAACCCGGGAAUACUUCAGAACACCUUGGGCUCCGGACUUACUCCAACCACUGUUAACCAGAACAGUGGGACAAUGGUUAUGAUUCCGCAUAAUCCUGGCAAACAACAAGGGAUUUUCCCACCUAAUUCUGAUUUUAACAUCCCUCUGCGACCAAACCAAACCUCUCUGGGCAUGCACUCAGGAUGCCAAACGGUUCACAGCCAUGCUACUGUCCGGCCAGGAAUGACAUUGUCUAGCUUUAACUCCAGUUCCUUAACAAAUCACUCAGCAACUCAGCAACACUUAAGACAGCCUAGUAUGCCAAGAAUUUCUACUGUCUACCCCAGCGCAUCUGCUCAGAUGUGGACACCGACUGGGGUUUCAAGAAUGCCAAAUCAAAGCCAAAUGGAUACCAGCAUGCAGCAAUUCUCCAGUAACCCUCUCGUCUCCAAACAGAAUGUGAGACCAAAUAUACCAGGUCAGCAGUUUUCCCACCAGGCUGUAGUGCCGCCUAAUCAGAUUGCACCUGGAGUCCAGGUCAGACAGAUGCAAAAACUAAACCUGGGACAGUCCGGCCAGAGCCUGAGCACGCUGAAUAAUCAGAACUUGAGACACAAUUUAACCAGAGGACCAUUGCCAGCUAUGAAUGUUAUGAAAUCCAUGCCACAAGGCAUGUCCAGUUUUAACCAGCUCAAUCCUGCUCAAGGACUCUGCCCGCCAAGUUAUCCCUCCGCAGGCCAGCUGUCAGGAACAUUCAACAGAAUGAGUACGGCUUCUGAGUUGUCACAGUACGACUUUGUGCCACAACAGAGCAAUUCGAUCUUGCCUGGAAACUGCAGCGAGACUGACUUCAUUGACUCCCUUAUGAAGAACAGUAGCAACAAUGAUGAAGACUGGUUGAACAAUUUGACAAUGAUAGACGACAUUUUGGGACAGCACGCUCAAAGCUCCGGACAUGUUUAGCUCAUAGGGAAGCAGACUGACUUGUAAAUAACUUAAGUAUGACUUUUAAAAGUAAAAACAAACCAACAAAAAUUGCCUCCUCUUUCAAUACCGAAUGAAUGGACGCGGCCAAUUCUUUGCCUGCAUCAAAGUUUAAUAUUGGCAGUUUUUCAGAUGACUGUAUAUAUUUGAAUAUUUUAUAAAUUAUGUUUUCCUAAACAUUAAAUAUAGAAGUAUUUAUACUUCUUUGCUGGACUGUUUGUAAAUAAAUCUACAGCAUACAUUUUUUGUUUUAUUAUAGGAAAUUCAUUAUACCUUGUUAUAAAUAUGCAAAUAAUAUUGUUAGUUUCAGUAAUACUGUGUAUUACAGCAUAAAAUACUUAUGUUUUUGACAUAACUUAACACAUGAGCUAGGGGUGUCCGUGCAAACUGGCUAAACAGGAAGCAAAUGUAGUAAUUUCUCUCCCUUGUCAAGAAAGAAGAUUGAGGAGUUGCAUUUUUUUAAAACUGUCAACCUAUUCAGAGCACUCAUCCUGCAAACUGAUCCUCGUGAGUGGAUCCCAUCAGGGCUUCAUGCAGGUGGAGGGAUCCACCCACAGAUAUCCGAUUGCAGCAAAGUUUUCAGUUGGGAUACACUCCCCCAUAUGUUGAUGAGAGCGUUGAAGGCAUUAACCAUCUAGUACUGAGUAUAUACUCAUAAUAGUACAAUUGUUAACACAGAUUACGUGACUACAGAUUGCAACCAACUGAGGAAUUAUGGUGUGAAAUGAGGACACCUGAAGAGCAAACAUCAGCCAAACAUUGUAAAGCCCCUGUAUGGAGGUAUCAUCCAAUGACACAAUAGUUCUGGUUUGCACACCUCUGCCAUGUAUAUUUGUAGUGUACAGGUGAUUUGUUCCUGGUUUCAAGGCUUUUCAUAAUUUUCUGUUUUUAACGUGAGACUUUUUUUUUUCCCACAGGGGAAAAGUCUAUCAACAUUAAUAGUUAAUUUUUGAUGUUUUUUGUCAGCUACUAUUGUCAUAUGUAUAUUUAAGUCUGUUUAUAAAAGAUCCACUGUACUGUAAACUUCUUAAAAUGUUCAUAAUUUGUGUAAUCCUAUUUUAAUAGUCACGUCAUACUUUGCAAUACAUUUGUAAUAUAACGUCAGCUUCAAGCACAGAAUGUUUUUUCUUCAUACCAUAAUAAACUGCCAGGGGAAAAUUGCA